AGUAAUUGCCUUUCAUCAAUCAAUAAUCAAUGUAUUUUCCGGUCUGUAUUUUGUAAUUAAUUACGUGUGGCUUCAAACUAUCCUAUUCUUUUAUAUUUCCUUAUUCUGUUAGCAGUUAGCACUUUAAUUUUAGGAAAUUAUUAUAACAACGAUACAAUGCAAACCACUUUACUAAAUCUGUGUAAAAUUACUUUAUUUGUAUUGGUUUUAAUGAACUUCAUACAAGAUGUGGUGAUAGCUGAUUCGACUCCAAACAAAUUGCAAAUUGGUAUAAAAAAGAGGCCUGCUGAAUGUCCUAUUAAGAGUAAAAAAGGAGACCUUCUUCACAUGCAUUAUACGGGCACAUUGGAAGAUGGCACCGAGUUUGACAGUUCUAUUCCUAGGGGCAAUCCACUAACUUUUACCCUUGGAUCUGGACAAGUCAUCAAGGGUUGGGAUCAGGGACUCUUGGGAAUGUGUGAAGGUGAAACAAGAAAACUAGUCAUUCCACCAGAACUUGCCUAUGGAGAGAAUGGUGCUCCACCAAAGAUACCUAAGUCUGCAACUCUUACAUUCCAGGUUGAGCUCAUAAAAAUUGAGAGAAAAGAUGAACUUUAAAUCAAACAUUCUAAUUAUUUAAAUUUUAUUAUAUUAUUACCAGUUUAAACAUACAAUACAAUUGUAGAUUUGUAUGUUAUAGAAGGAGUAAAGUAGCACUCUGACAAACUACAACAAAACCUUCAGAAGCUUUGCAAAUGAGCUUAUGAUAUUCCUGAGUGUGUCAAGAUCUCUGAUGGCAUUUUCUUGUCUAUUUUGAAGUGUAAUGUUUUUCAAUAAAAUUUAGAAUUAAAACAGUAUAA